GUUAUAAAUUUCAUUUAUUGAUCACAUUUUUUUGCACAUGCCUGCGUAUACCAUAUACCAAACACUUCAUAAUUUCCAAUAGUUCGAAGUGAAUUUGGGUAACAGAAAUGUGUAAAAAUUUAUUUUGUUUUUUUUCGAUUUUUCAAAUCUUUUAUAUUUAUUUGCAUUUACGUUUGAAGGUAACGGAAUGCAUUUCGGGGGACAGUCCCAAUUUGCAGAAAGUAUCUUAGACUGGCUGAGAGACAUGAAAACACGUAUAUUCGAUAACCCUUCAGCACUCCCAGAUCUCAGGGGUAUCAUAGGUACGACGAGGGACAAUUAUGAUUGGCAGAAGUUCAUCGAGAAACUGAUCAUAGAUAUGCCAAAUGUUGCAUUCAAUCCUGAAAAAGAUUGGGGUUUUCGGUUAGGCCACUGGUAUCUAAUACGAAAAGACUCAGACGACGUCAUGUCUUCUUUCUGGACCCUAGUACGUCCUAGAAGUCCUGCAGAAUCCACGAUUGGUGAUACCUGGAUAGAGCUCGAUAUGGACAAAGCUAACAUUCCAUAUCCUUCAAACACAAUAAUCCCAACCGAGCCUAGCCCUGUCGAAGAGGAAAUUUCUGAAACUACUGAAAGCCCAGACUCUGGGGCUAAUGAAGUCGUUGAACAAUCUGCUGAAGUUAUUUUACCAAAUUAAUCCUGACAUCGUCACCUCCACUGAUUGCCUUUUUUAUCAAUAGCCACUCUUAUUUUAGAUGGAAAAAAAUAAUUCAACUGAUGGGAAAGAUUUUUCCUUUCUAAAAAUUCAACGUAUUACUCCUAAAAAUACGAGAAUUUUCUAUAUACGGUAAUUCAAAAAGACAAAUUUCUAUAGUAAAAUGAUAAAUUGGGUAAACUGUAUUUUUAAGAGGCUAAUUUUUAGGUAAUAUCUCAGAAUUUACAAAAGAUAUUCAUAUUUUUGUAGAUUUUUUUAUAGAGAAAAAUGAAAAGUGCAAAAAGGUAUCCCUUACAAUAUCACUAUUCCCCUUUAGUUCCGAAAUAUUUAUGGCCUCCUGACCUCGAGCAUAAAUUGCAACAGUUCGAAACUGAUUUUUUUCCGAAUUUAUCCACUGAAUCGGUCGAUGACUGAUCUAGUAUUCACUGAAAAUAUUCGACCAAAAGAUUCGAAUUCGUUGAUUAAAAAUAUUCGAUAGACUUACGCAAAUAAAUAAAUUCAUUGAAAUAAUUAAAUAUGUUGAAUUGCGAAAAAUUUAUUAUAAAUACCGUUCGAUGAAAAAACAAUACAUUACAAUAAUUUUUACGCCGAUGUUGUACAAAUUUUUCGCUCCACGUCUUCCUUGAUUUUUUUUACUGGAAUAGAAUUAAAUUUUUCGGAGUCAGUAAUUUUGAUUGAAAAUUUUUAAGAAAUAUAACAUGUAUAGAUUCUUCAGGAGGAGUUUGAAGCCGAAUUGUAAAUCCCAACACCUAUUUUUCCCUCAUGCAAAGCCAUAUUUCAAAUAUUUAACCAUAAAUGAAAUUUUUUUCCUACACCAAUGGAUGAAAUGACCAUUCGAGUGAAAAUUUUUCAUGCGACAAUGACGAAAAAAGCGUUUUAUAGAUACGAAAAAAGAAACCUUAAACCAUAAAAUUACGUUAACCCAAUAAAAAUCAACAAUUGAACAAAAUUAUCCAAGGAAAUAGAGCAAAUGAUAUCCCAGUUUAUGUAAGACGUUGACAUGCUGA